UGUGUGUGUGUGUGUGUGUGUGCGAGCGUGAGCUAGAGAGGGAGGGGUGGAGGUGUGUGUGAGAUUGCAGACCAGAAUAGCACUACAUGCUGUCACAUGCACCUAUGAACAAGUGCAUUUCAAACCCUCCUUUCCAAACUCUUUCCAGCCGUUCCUGUUCUUUCCUGGGUUCAGUCCCACCAUGUGCGCAUUGCAAAGCUAAAUAACACUUUGAACCCGUAAUAAAACCCUUCCACAGGAGAGCGUGCAUGACAGACAACAUCCAAACACCCAACUGAUGCACUAUGUUCUUCCACACUCAGAUCAACAGGAUGGCGGAGCUGGACGAGCCGGACCUGGUCAUGGAGGACGGACGAGUGUAUCGCAACCCCACGGAGAUGAAGAUGAGCCAGAUCAUACUUCCUUGCCACGCCAACCAUCGCAAGGAGCUGAGCGUCGGGCAGCUGCUCAAGUGGAUGGACUCCACCGCCUGCCUGUCCGCUGAAAGACACGCAGGAUGUCCCUGUGUCACAGCCUCUGUGGACGAUAUUCACUUUGAGCACACCAUCAGCGUUGGACAAGUGGUUAACAUCAAGGCUAAAGUCAACAGAGCUUUCAACUCGAGCAUGGAGGUGGGGAUAGUGGUGAGCUGUGAGGACCUUUACAGUAACCGCCACUGGAAAGUCUGCCAGGCUUUUGCCACCUUUGUGGCUCGGCGCACAGGUAAAGACAAGGUCCAUCUGAAGCAGCUGGUCCCUUACACACACCGCGAGAAGUUGGAGUACAGCGUCGCUGCUGAGAGAAGGAGGAUGAGGCUGCUGCAUGUCGACAUCAUGAAAGAUUUGCUGAGUGACACCACUUUCCAGACGAGCAUUAGCGAGAGCGUGUGUGAGGGCCAGGACGACGAGGAAGAAGUACCGUCUGAGAAAACCCGAGUAGAGAGCGUAGAGCUGGCUCUGCCCUCACACGCCAACCACCAGGUGAACACGUUCGGAGGCCAGAUCAUGGCGUGGAUGGAAAACGUAGCCACCAUCGCUGCCAGCCGGUUAUGCCACGCCCACCCGACCCUGAGGACUAUAGACAUGUUCCACUUCAGAGGUCCGUCUCAAGUCGGAGACCGCGUGAUCCUGCAAGCCAUCGUCAACAACACUUUCAAAAACAGCAUGGAGGUGGGCGUGUGCGCACAGGCGUAUCAGGGGGAGGAGCCACUGAGACACAUUAACAGUGCGUUUAUGACUUUUGAGGUGCUGGAUGAGGAGGGCAGGCCAUGCCCGCUACCCCGAAUACGACCCGAACCGCUGGAUGGAAAAAGGAGAUUCCUAGAGGCGAUUGCCAGGAAGAAGAUUAGACUCGACAGAAAAUACAUCAUCUCCUGUAAACACACCGAAGUGCCCUUGUCUGUCCCCUGGGACCCCAUUAACCAGGUGUACCUGAGCUACAAUAACGUGUUUGCGCUCAAGAUGUUAGCGGCCAGAAACAACUGGGUUCUCAGUUCUAAGAAGAACAACGUGAGGCUGUACACUCUGGAGGAGAAUCAGUGUCUUUGUGUCAGGGUCGAAACGGAGGUGAACGUUCCAGCAGCGAGAGCUUUCGUCCUGCUCUCGGAUCUCAGCCGCAGGCCCGAAUGGGAUAAGCACUACAAACAGUGCAAGCUCAUCCUCCAAGUCGACGAUGAUGUGAUCUACCACGUUCUUGCUCCAUCUCUGAGGGAAGGAGGAAAAGCCCAGGAUUUCAUCCUGCUCGCCUCCAGGAGGUCACCGUGCGACACCGGGGAUCCGUAUGUUCUUGCAAUACGCUCGGUCACUCUUCCCACUCACCCGCCGACGGAGGACAUGAACAGGGGGGAGAUGCUUUGUGCAGGAUUUACUAUUUACGCCGUGUCCGAAAACGUAUCAAAGAUCUCUUACUACAACCAGACCAAUCCAGGUGUGUUGCCAUACAUCACCACGGAUAUCGCCGGACUCUCGUCCAGUUUCUGUUCCAUCUUCUUUUCCUGCAGCAAGUACCUGAUGGACAACAGAGUCUGACCUGACCUUCUGUCAUCUCGACCACGCCUCUGUAGCGCUCGGUUACUAUCGCUGGCCUGUUAAAUUUUUCUAAACUAGACUACACCAAAUUUUUCUUAACACUACACUUUGUCAUUUUAAGGCCAGUUUGGGGGAAUAUAUCAGAACAGCUCUAGUUAUGUAUGUUAAAAAGGUACUAAAAAUGUAUAAUGGUGUAUAGGGUCAUUUUAAAACCGAACGUACGACUUGUUCUGCCUCUGAUGUUAUGUGUUAAGGGCAUUUCACACCGAGCGCGAUUAAGCGGCGCGAACGUACUUCCGGAGGUAUUCAUGCCGGACGCAAAUAAUCGCGGCGUAACAAAGCGAGAUUUUUUUUCCCCCGACCAGUAUGUCGAAUUUUUUUUUUUUUCCCGCGAUGAAACCAGAAACGCAAAAAGGCCGAGAUAGGUGGCGCUACAGCACAGAAAGCCGUUUAACAGCCUACAUUUAAGCGAUUCUUCUUCUCGGUGGUCACAGACGAUAGGCCGAUCAGCUGGAUAGCGGGUUGCGCCUCCUAGUGUGCAGGCGUAAAAUGCGUUCUCGGUCAGCGCCACCUAUCGCGCAGGCGUGAAUUAGCCGAAGGCGAUCGAUCGUUUCUCGUUCGGUGCGAGACCACCGUUCGUCUGCGAUCCGCUUCACUUUAUCGUGUCGCGCUCGGUGUGAAAGGGCUUUUAGGUUGUUAGAAUGGCAUUAUAUGAAUGAAUAUAUUUGAAAUAAAAUUACAAAAAACAAACCACAGUUUUAUAAAUAAGCAGAUUGUUAUUUUGGCCAGUUUGAUACAAAUGCCUUAUACAAAAAGACUAAAGUACCGUAUACUAGCGUCCGAUUGGUUAAUACAUGUCCACCAGGAUAGCUAACUAGCCUACAUUUGUUUACAUGUUUUUAAAAAGUUUUG